AAACGAUGUUAUUUUGUCUUUGAAAUCUUCUUUGCCUCAUUGGCAUUCACCGGCUAAAUCUUAUUAAAACUUUCUAUGCCUCUCUUUUCUCCAAAAUUUAUCUUUUUCCUGUGUGAGCCACUGACCAUACAGAAGACCCCAUUAAAAAUCUCCAAAACAUGUGGCUUUGUUCCUUUUGUUAUUAUCUGCACACAACUUUAAUUUGCAGCUGACAUCUUUUUCCUCCUCGUUUCCUGUUCUUGAGCUUUUUCUCUUUCUCUAGUAGUACCAAUUAAUUUCUUGAAACUGCUAAAUUCUAGAUCCCAAUAUUCAUACGUAUCUUUUUGUGCAUGAUCAUUAUUCACUUAGCUUUUUUAUUUUGUUUGUCACAAUUUAUACAAUUUUCUUGGAAAAGGUAAAUUGGUCUUUUUAGUGAUUUUCUUGGAUUUCCCAGAAAGCCUGAAAAUGGGUUAUGCUUAAUUGUCUCAAAGACUGGGUUUUUUUUUUCGCUGAGAGUUGAAAGUUGAGUUUGUUGUUGGUUGUGAGAAUGCCUCCAAAUAAUUUUCCUUUGAGAUGGGAAAGUACAGGGGAUCAAUGGUGGUUUGCUUCACCUAUUGAUUGGGCAGCAGCAAAUGGUCAUUAUGAUAUAGUGAGGGAGUUGCUUCACUUAGACACCAAUUUACUCAUAAAGCUCACUUCUUUACGUAGAAUAAGAAGGCUUGAGUGUGUUUGGGAUGAUGAAGAACAGUUUGAUGAUGUUGCAAAAUGUAGGUCUGAGGUUGCUAAAAAGCUUCUCCUUCAAGCUGAAACAAACAAAGGGCAUAACUCUUUGAUUAGAGCUGGCUAUGGUGGUUGGCUUCUUUAUACUGCUGCCUCAGCUGGGGAUGUUGAAUUUGUCAAACAAUUAUUGGAAAGGGACCCACUUUUGGUGUUUGGAGAAGGAGAGUAUGGUGUUACUGAUAUACUUUAUGCAGCUGCUAGGAGUAAAAACUCUCAAGUAUUUAGGCUGCUCUUUGAUUCUUCAAUCUCACUUGAAAAUGAGGUUUCUUCCACUUUCAGGUUGGAAAUGAUGAAUAGGGCUGUUCAUGCUGCAGCUAGAGGGGGAAAUCUUGACAUGUUGAGACAGAUUCUUGGAACUUGCUCUGAUGUUUUGGUUUAUAGAGAUGCUCAAGGAUCUACUCUCUUGCAUUCUGCUUCUGCUAGAGGCCAGGUUCAGGUUGUUAGGAGUUUACUGGAAACAUAUGACCUUAUUAACUCCAGAGACAACCAGGGAAACACUGCACUUCAUGUGGCUGCUUAUAGGGGUUACUUAUCUGUGGUGGAAGUUCUUGUAUCUGUUUCUCCUUCAUCUAUCUCAUUGAGAAACAACUACGGAGACACGUUUCUUCACAUGGCUGUAGCCGGAUUUCGCACCCCAAGUUUCCGCAGACUGGAUCGGCAAAUGGAGUUAAUGAAGCAGUUGGUAUGUGGAAAGGUUAUCGAGAUCGAAGACAUUAUUAACAUUAGGAACAAUGAUGGUCGGACUGCUCUUCACAUGGCUGUAAUUGAAAACAUUCAGACUGAUGUUGUGGAACUCCUCAUGACUGCAUUUUCAAUAAAUUUAAAUAUCCGUGAUGCUGAUGGAAAUACCCCACUGGAUCUCCUAAAGCAAUGUCCAAGAUCUCCAUCGUCUGAGAUACUGAUUAAGCGCCUCAUUUCAGCUGGAGGAAUUUCCAAUUGCCAAGACCAUAUGACAAGAACUGCCCUAGCUUCCCACUUGAAGAUGCAGGGUAUUGGGGGCAGUCCUGGUGCCUCUUUUAGGAUCCCUGACGCUGAAAUAUUUCUGUAUGCUGGCAUUGAUAAUGCAUCUGAUGCCAAUAGUGAGUGUGCAAGCACAGAAAUCGAUUCUUGCUGGGGUGAACCGAGCCCUUGCCGUUCUGCUGCAGGGUCUAAUUCAUCACACAAGCUAGGCUCAGUUAACAGUGCUGCUAGACGGUUGAAGUUUCUUCUACGGUGGACAAGGAAGAAAGAAAGAAAAGAAGAUACCACCGGCUUAGAAGAUAAUAUGUCUGUGGAAUCACAAAGAUUGUAUUCUGGCUUGGGAGAUCAGCCAAUACCUCUACGACAAAGAUUCUCGAGGAUGUCAUCGCUUCCAAACAACAAAAGAGUGCUCCCUGUCCAAAAUAGUCUACCAAGUCCAUCUACCAAAAAGAAAUUUGCAGCUGGUCUGAUGCAUGGCGUUAUCCAAAUGACACCACAGUCGUCUUAUGGAUCACCAUCAAGUGCUUAUUCUGAAUCUUCCUGGUCAUCUCCAGUGGUUGCCGACAAAGAAAAGAGGAUGGAUCUUGGCAAUAUGAGUGGAGGAGCCUCUAGCUUAAAUCUGUCAAAUAGGAGAGAAAAAUCGAAACUGACACGUAAACAUGGUUCCUUCAACAUGAAGUUAAUGAAUCAGUACUUCUGUUUCGGCGCUCAAGGCCUCGCUGUGGAAAAUUCUGUUAACUGUGCACAACAAGAUCAACAUCACAGGCAUCCAGUGGUAGCAUGACUUUCAUUGCUGCAUCUACACUGGUAAGAAGUCAUUGGACAUAUCCUUCCUGUAAAUAGUUUGGGAUUUUGGUCUAAAGUAUUACCAGCUUCUUGGAACAACAUAUUGAAAAUAUGUUUUUAAUUAGUGCUUGUAGUACACUAAUUUUUUGCAGCAGUAUCCUUUUUGUCUUGUCUGUGUUUUACGUAUGCUCUGAGAUGAGAAUCUAAAGCAAAUGUUUGUAAUUUCUACUCAAAUAAAAGAGCAAUGGAAAUGGAAAAGAAUGUUUUUUUUUUUGGA